AUGGUUUCGGACUCGGAAAUGCCAGAUGCUCCUUCUGGAGAAGAGGGCAGCUCACAUGCCAACCACACCCUCAUCAGGGUUGUGAGAGGGCUAGACCAGGAGGGUCCUGGUGAAAAUGGUGAAAAAUUGGCGGAACUUUGGAAUGCCUUGUCGCAUAACGCCUCUGGCCAGUUCUAUGCCGCGGAGCAGAGUACAUUACGGUGGCUUCUCAAGGUGAUGAACCCUUCAACGAAGUCACCCGGCGAGAGCGAGACCCUCCGGCGCUUCCCAUUGACAUGGAACAUCCUGAACUGUGUAUUCAAGCGCAUCCCUCUUUUCUCGCUAGCGAAAGCCCUAGCGGAUAGGAGGUUCAUUUCCGUACUUCGCCAAACAGUCAAAGACCUAUCGAGCCCCUCCGGAGAAGACGACGUGACCGUCUCCUCGGAUCGGAAGCGCAAGCGAUCGACCCCAAUCGGCUUUAAGCUCGACGACCUUAGGAAACCGACUGGGUGUCUAAAGUCUGCCGAAGCGCUAUUUGAGGCGCUCAGUUCCCUCCUCUCCCGCCUCUCGUCUGUUGCUGAAGUAUCCACGCGCGAAGCUGUUGGCGCGGAGCAUGUCAGGUCUCUCUUCGCCUCUUCGGGAGCAGAAUCCCUCGAACUCGUCGUACCGAUGCUUGCAAUCUGUUACAACUCACUCGAAGUCCAUGGCGGCGACUUUGCCGUCAACGUUUCUUGGGUCAAGGUUGCCUCCGACAUCUGGGACCUGCGCCUUCGAAGCGGCACCGAUACCCUUGAGAUUGCGACUCGGGCGACUCAGACCACACUCGCCAUGUUCGGACAGUUAGACGAGAAAGUCUGCCAAAUCAGCGGAGAGGAGACCAAGUAUCCUCAUAUUCCGGAACACGUCCGCAGGUCGUGGGCAACGGGGCUGCAGGAUUUCCUGCAGCGCAACCUGUUCCUCCCCGCGCGGACAGCGUAUACGAAUUCCGCCGACCUCGAACCGUUGAACAUGGCAGUCCUCAUGAGCCAGCGCCAUCUAAAGGUAACGGCCCCGGCCAUCUACUUGCUAGCCCAAAACUCGCCUAAGCCCUUUGACGAAAAGUCCAAAGAAAAGGUUGAGGAUUGGAUCAAUGAAGUUGUGAAAGCUGUUGACGGCUCACUUCGUAAUGCUGCCUUGGAUAUCCGAUCCCGGAUCCUCGAGGGGAUAAUGGCGGAGGCCGAGGUGAAUAGCAUUCGAAUCAGUGAACAAGUGUUGAGAGACAUAUGCUCCAAGUACGGCUUUGAGGAGGGCGUAGCGCGGUGGAGCAUCUUGUCUUCUGCCCUGCGCCUAGACCCGGAUAUCCUGUUCGAUCGCGACCAGAGCAGUCCCCUCCUGGAUGAAAUAUUAAAAAGCAUCUCUAGCCUCAACGGCUCUUCAGAAGGAGUGGACUGCUUGCAGCACGUGAACCACAUUCUUGAUGCCAUCAUCAAAGCAUUUGUUAACGCCAAAGACAUGCCAGGGUUCUUCAAGCUCUGGCAUGGCCAAUUAUUGGAAGCAAAGACAAGCUCGAGUCCCUGGCUCCAGCAGUCUAUUCGGCGCAAUAGUACCAUUUUCGCACACCAGAGGCUGGAACUUGCAAUCACGGUCAACCAGCUGCAAGAUAUUCUUGACUGGCUGGCCACACAGAGCCAAGAGAAUCCGGAGCCUUUGCUUGUCAUCGUUGACUCGAUAGUUCAUGGAAUCGGCACGGCAGCAUUUACGGAUACGCUAGCGAAGAAAAUCUCGACCAUGGUGCUCGACACCUUGACGCCCAAAUCUUCCUCAGCUUCUGCCUCCUCGCUCCGCUGGACUAUUCUGAGCAAGCUCGGUCAGUUAUCGGACCAAGAGACGUUCGAGGCUUUUAAAUUCAUCUUCGUUGUCUGGUCUUUUAUGACUCCAGAUGGUGACCAUCUUGGAGAGGUGUCCUCGCCUGCGAUGGCGGCUAUCUCAAGACUGACGAAAGAGGUUCCGGCAAAGGCGGGCAAGAAACUACCUGUCGAAUGGAAGUUCCGCGACAUUAAUGACGCUUCUCCCCUCGCCCCUACCCAAGCUACGCCAGAGGCCUAUCUUGCUACCUAUCUAGACUACACCUUUGUUGAGUCGUCGCGUUUUCUCCCUCUUGUGUUGAAUGCUUCGGCCGACAGAAUCUUCCCUGAGUACUUGGAUGCUGUCCUUGAGCUCUUCGUCAAAAAGACCAAGAAACAACGGUCCAAGGCUGAGCUUAACGACUCGACGCCUGCCCUAGUCAAGCAGUUCUUUAGGGCUCUUAUCUCGAAUGAGAACUUGAUCAAUAGCCGAUCAUUUAUGGAUAACCUCAUCGACCGUAUAGUUUCUACUAUGCGGAGCCAAUUCAAAGUGAACGAAGAUGAGAUCUUGGACUCAAAUCUUGCCUCACUCUUCUUAGAGAUCCCCAACGACUGCCUGACUCGACCCCAGAGAGAACUCGCCGCUAACAUGAUCUUGGAGCGACUCGAAUCUUUGGAGGCCAAGAAGGAGAUCAUGCCAUCGCAAUGGAAGUUGGUUUUGGCGGUGCUAACCAAACUAAUGAAAAGAUCAACGUUUUGUGAGAGUCUUGACUUCAAUCGCCUGACGCGCGGACUUGCUUCUAUCUAUCAAGACUUUGCAUUCCAUGUACUCACGCUAAUGGCGAACGACUUUGACCACCGCGGCAAGACAUGGUUUGAGGACGCAUCAGUAUACGUCAAGACCUGCCCUACCGAUGACAAGUCGACGCACAAGUGCCGGCUCCGGCUGUAUCUCUUGAAAGCGUUGGCCGGGGUACUCUCGACGUCCUCCUACCUCAAUGCCUCGUCGUCUCCGCUUGUGCCCGAGGUUGUGAGAACGAAGCUUGCGGAAGCCAUCUCUUCUACCCUGAAGAAGUGUGGGAAGCACCUAAAGAAACAACCGGAGGAGUUGGAGACGGGCAUGUAUGUCUAUACCAUGCUAGCGGCCCUGGAAUGUGCGGAUGUGGUGCAAGCCUCGCAACUCGAUAACAAAUCGGUGCCUGUCGAUGAGCUGUCCGUGAUGAGCACGAGAGGUAUCUUUUCGCACCGCCUGAGCGGCUGGAAAAUACGGGCAUUCCUCCUCAGGCAUUACCCUGAUGCAGUAGAUCGGAUCCUGGGUCCGAUUGGCCCGGGACGGGAGGAAGCACAUAGGCAGCAGGCACUGGACGUUCUAAGAGAUCGCGAUCUGCCGCCGCUCGUGUUAGAGUGUACCAAUGUAGCGCUGCAGUCGCUCAGGGUUGACGGGGACCGCCUCCUUUUCUUGAAGGAUCUGAUUGAUAGACUCGAGUUUGGAUCGGAUGCUGAAGGCCAGUUGAUCGCUAUCCGAUGCGUAGUGCAAUCUCUUGCCGCUUCGCCACCUUCGAGCAGCUUCAAGGACUACGAUCUGUCUGCCGCUUACACCAUGCUUGCCCAAAAGUCUCUCCAGGCCGAUAGCGGGGCGAGGUUCGGCAAGAUCUGCAAUAUCCUACACGUCAUCCUCGAUUCCAACGCGGGCCACAUCGCGCAGUGGAACAUCGAAGAGACACUUUCGCUCGUAGCCGUCAUUUGCUCCGAUUGCGCUUCCGCGAGCAGACUGACGACCUCGGCCAAGACUUUCUAUCACCUCUGCAAACUCGUCGAGGCGAUCCUGAAGAGGUACCGCCUCCGUCUUGAGGGCUGGGAGGAGGACGCGACGGCGUACAACCGGCUUCUGACACUCAUCUGCGAGCCGACUGUGGGAUCCGUGACACGGUCUCACCAUGGUGGCAUGCUUGAUGCGGCGGCGGACGUGGCAAAGAGGUCAGCGGGCCGGCAGGUUUACCUUGUGCUCACGACGUACGUGAGGCUACAGAUGCAGGUAGGCGUGCCGCGGCCCGUGAGAGAGGCUCUAGAGCCGGGCGUCAACGCGAUAUUCGACGUGACGCCGGGUGAGGUGCGAAGAGUGAUGAAUGAUGGGUUGGACAAGGCCGGAAGGGAGAUUCUCGGGGAUUUGUACAGGCGGUAUAGAAUGUUUGACCGUACUGAUCACGGGCGCGUCCGAGGAAUGGGCCUCGCGGUUGCCAAGCAGCUCGCCGCGAAAGGAGCCAACGUCAUCAUUGUCUCCCGCAGCGUAGGCAAGCUCGAGGAAGCUCUUGUUCUUCUCAAGGCAUCGGCAAAGAACCCCAAAACCCAGCGAUUCCACUACAUCUCCGCCGACGUCUCCCUUCCCGAUUACGCCGGCCCCCUACUCGCGGAAGCCAUCGCCUGGAACGCGGGCCGGGCCCCAGACGUUGUCUGGUGCAUAGCCGGCAUGUGCGCCCCUGGCCUCUUUGCCGAGACGCCCUUCUCUAGCCUCCGCGAGCACAUGGAUAUCAACUUUUACGGAGCGGCCGAGAUGUCGCACGCUAUCCUGCGCGAUGUCGUUGCUUUCUAUACCGUGGCCGGCUACGGCGCCUACGCCCCGGCCAAGAGCGCCAUCCGCGCGCUCGCCGACACCAUCUCCCAGGAGGUCAUGCUCUACCCGCAAAAGGUGGAGGAGAAUAAGCUCAAGCCCGAGAUCACGCUGCUGCUCGAGAAAGACGACCCCGUCCAGAGCGCGGAGGAAGUGGCAAGCCGGGCCAUCGCCGGGCUUGAGCGGGGAGACUUCUUCAUCACUGUCUCUUGGCUCGGUCACCUCAUGAAAUGGGGCGCCAUGGGAGGUUCUUUGAGGAAUAGCUGGGUGAUUGAUACCCUGAUGAUGGUGGUGACGGCGUUUGCCUGGAUCAUUGCGCAACCCGUCAUCCUCGGCACGGUCAGGAAAUUUGCCAAGCAGAAUGGCCAUCCGAGCACCUACAAGAAGAAGACUGGCGCUUGA